GGGACGUCCACCGUCUACUUCCUGUCUGAGCAGAACUCACUGACAGGUUCUGUGGGCGGAGCCUAACUGAUUGGUUCUGCAGAACCUCGACGGGUUCCUGCUCUGGAGAGAUAAAUGCUAACAUGCUAGCGUUAGCGCAUUAGCCGUAAACACCGCUGAGGCUGAUGGGAGUGUUUGUAGUUCUGUCUGUAGUUCUGUCUGUAGUUCUGCAGGUAUACUGGACACAUGCAAUGCUGACCUGAAGGUGGCACUACAUGAAGUCAGAGGAUCAAUAAAGUUUUUACAAUCAAUCAGCUGUUGCUGCUAACGUGGCUAAUAGCUAAUAGCAGCAGUGACUCAGCGUCCCCAUCUCACUCUCUAAUGUUAUCAACUGGAUUCAGACCUGGAGAAAGAUUCAAGGUCCUGGAGAAAGAUUCAAGGUCCUGGAGAAAGAUUCAAGGUCCUGGAGAAAGAUUCAAAGACCUGGAGAAAGAUUCAAGGUCCUGGAGAAAGAUUCAAAGACCUGGAGAAAGAUUCAAGGUCCUGGAGAAAGAUUCAAGGUCCUGGAGAAAGAUUCAAAGACCUGGAGAAAGAUUCAAGGUCCUGGAGAAAGAUUCAAGUUCCUGGAGAAAGAUUCAAGGUCCUGGAGAAAGAUUCAAAGACCUGGAGAAAGAUUCAAGUUCCUGGAGAAAGAUUCAAGGUCCUGGAGAAAGAUUCAAAGACCUGGAGAAAGAUUCAAGGUCCUGGAGAAAGAUUCAAGGUCCUGGAGAAAGAUUCAAAGACCUGGAGAAAGAUGCAAGGUCCUGGAGAAAGAUUCAAGUUCCUGGAGAAAGAUUCAAGGUCCUGGAGAAAGAUUCAAAGACCUGGAGAAAGAUUCAAGGUCCUGGAGAAAGAUUCAAGGUCCUGGAGAAAGAUUCAAAGACCUGGAGAAAGACUCAAAGACCUGGAGAAAGAUUCAAGGUCCUGGAGAAAGAUGCAAGGUCCUGGAGAAAGAUUCAAGGUCCUGGAGAAAGAUUCAAGGUUCACACAGAGAGAGUCAGAGUGAUCAAUAAAUAUUGAUUUAAUAUUCAAUCAUAUUUAUUAGUGAGGAGAUGAAGCAGAGCGAGUUUCCAAACAAACAUUAGAAAAAUAAACAAUUAACAUUUCUUCUGUUUUGCUAUUCCCUUCUCACUGUUAUUGAUUAUUGAUGACUGAUCAGCUGACCCACAGUCAGCGGUGUGUGUGUGUGUGUGUGUGUGAACAAACUUCUGUUCAUGUAAUCAAUAUUCACAAACUCAGAAAUACCCAUUGAUUUUUAAUACAGACGAUUAUUGAUUAUCUGUUAAUCUUUAAAUAAAAGUGAUUGUUUAA